AUUCAAUAGCAAUAAUAAUGUUUUCAUGACUAUCACAGCUUGAAACACGCACACAGGCACACACAGACACACACACACACACCACUACCACCCCCUACCCCGCUCCUCACGCUGCCAGUCUGUCCUAAGGCAGUGGCAGACGCCUGAUUGGUGGGCUCUGUUUAUUCUGUGAGCAGAUUCCUUCUGAAAGAAGGCAGGCCAUGACUGCCUGAAGCCUAUUGGCCAGGACUGCUCUGGACCCUCCCUUUCUUUUUCACAGCACACACCAUAGCGAAGUCUGUGCGGAAUCCUAAACCAGCCCAAUUUACAUCCAUUCAUGAAUCUGUGACGUCAGCAAGCCUUCGGGCUUCUCUGCGGUGGGCUGGAAGAUUGUGUGGGUGGAAUCCCCCUCCUCCUUAUUUUUCUAAUUCUGCAAGGCUUUUUAAAUGAACCUUCCAUCUUUUUUAAAGCAAGAAACUGGACCGGCAUGUGUAGGAAUUCUUCAUUGUUGUUCUGAAGCCCCCUCUUACGUCGGAACUCUUCUGUAACGAUCCUCUGAGUGUCACCUCAGGACCUCAGGCACACUCAUGGCACGAUGGCCAACCCUCAGGAGCACCUGAGCUGCUCCUCUUCUCCACAUUUACCUUUGAGUGAAAACAAAGCCUUCAAUGGACUACAGGAUGACCUCGCACCUAUGGGGAGCCACGCUUCCCUCAAGCUUCUUAAGGACCAGCAGGAAAAGGGCAUGGUGCAAACUGAGCUAGCUGAGGGCACGAACAGCCCCAUCACCACAACAGUGUUGACAAGCAUAAGUGAGGAUUCCAGGGACCAGUUUGAGAACAGCGUUCUGCAGCUAAGGGAACAAGAUGAAUCGGAGAUGGCCAUGUCUCAUGGGAACAGCAGCACUGUGGGUGGAGAGGGCACAAGUGGAACUGAAGACAUCAAGAUUCAGUUCAGCAGGUCAGGCAGCGGCAGUGGUGGGUUUCUUGAAGGACUAUUUGGAUGUUUAAGGCCUGUAUGGAAUAUCAUUGGGAAGGCAUAUUCCACUGAUUACAAAUUGCAGCAGCAAGAUACUUGGGAAGUGCCAUUUGAGGAGAUCUCAGAGCUGCAGUGGCUGGGUAGUGGAGCCCAGGGAGCUGUCUUCUUGGGCAAGUUCCGAGCGGAGGAGGUGGCCAUCAAGAAAGUGAGAGAACAGAAUGAGACGGAUAUCAAGCAUUUGAGGAAGUUGAAGCACCCUAACAUCAUCGCUUUCAAGGGUGUUUGUACUCAGGCCCCAUGUUACUGUAUCAUCAUGGAAUACUGUGCCCAUGGACAACUCUAUGAGGUUUUGCGAGCUGGCAGGAAAAUCACACCUCGAUUGCUAGUAGACUGGUCCACGGGAAUUGCAAGUGGAAUGAAUUAUUUGCACCUUCAUAAAAUUAUUCAUCGUGAUCUCAAAUCACCUAAUGUUUUAGUGACUCACACAGAUGCAGUAAAAAUUUCAGAUUUUGGUACAUCUAAGGAACUCAGUGAUAAGAGUACCAAGAUGUCCUUCGCUGGCACUGUCGCCUGGAUGGCACCAGAAGUGAUACGGAAUGAACCUGUCUCUGAAAAGGUCGAUAUAUGGUCUUUUGGAGUGGUGCUUUGGGAGCUGCUAACAGGGGAGAUUCCGUACAAAGAUGUAGACUCUUCAGCCAUUAUUUGGGGGGUUGGAAGCAAUAGCCUACACCUUCCAGUUCCUUCCACUUGCCCUGAUGGAUUCAAAAUCCUUAUGAAGCAGACAUGGCAGAGUAAACCUCGCAACCGACCUUCUUUUCGGCAGACACUCAUGCAUUUGGACAUCGCGUCUGCAGAUGUACUUGCCACCCCACAAGAAACUUACUUCAAGUCUCAGGCUGAAUGGAGAGAAGAAGUGAAAAAGCACUUUGAGAAGAUUAAGAGUGAAGGAACCUGUAUCCACCGAUUAGAUGAAGAACUUAUUCGAAGGCGCAGAGAAGAGCUCAGGCAUGCUUUGGAUAUUCGUGAGCACUACGAGCGGAAACUUGAGCGGGCUAAUAAUUUGUACAUGGAACUGAGUGCCAUCAUGCUGCAGCUAGAGAUGCGGGAGAAGGAGCUCAUCAAACGUGAGCAGGCCGUGGAGAAGAAGUAUCCUGGAACCUACAAACGACAUCCUGUCCGUCCAAUAAUCCACCCCAAUGCCAUGGAGAAGCUCAUGAAGAGGAAAGGCCUGCCUCACAGACCUGGGAUGCAGGCCAAGCGGCCAGAUCUGUUGAGAUCUGAAGGCAUCCCCAGUGUGGAAGUGGCUCCCACGGCAUCCCCUUUAUCCGGGAGUCCCAAACUGUCCUCCUCCAGCAGCAAGAGCCGCUAUCGAAGCAAACCACGCCACCGACGUGGGAACAGCCGAGGCAGCCACAGUGACUUUGCCGCCAUCUUGAAAAACCGGCCCGCCCAAGAGGAUUCACCCCAUCCCACUUCCCUCUACCAAGCUGAACCCCAGUACCCAUCUCCCCAGCACCAUAAUCCUCUGCAGCAGCAAUACCAGCAACCCCCACCUGCCGUGUCGCAGAGUCACCAUCCCAGACUCAAUAUGCACGGACAGGACAUUGCCACCUGCGCCAACAACCUGAGGUACUUUGGUCCUGCAGCAGCCCUGCGGAGCCCACUCAGCAACCACUCUCAAAGACAGAUGCCUGGCUCUAGCCCUGACCUCAUCUCCACGGCCAUGGCGGCAGAUUGUUGGAGAAGUUCUGAGCCUGACAAGGGCCAGGCUGGCCCCUGGGGCUGUUGUCAGGCUGACCCCUAUGACCCCUGCCUCCAGUGCAGGCCAGAACAGCAUGGCUCCCUAGACGUCCCCUCGACCAAGCCGGUGGGGAGGAGCCCCAACCUUUUCAAGCCACCAGCACACAAUCCCCUCUUGGAAAAUGCCCAGGGUUCUGAGAAAAUGGAAGAAAAUGAAUUCAGCGGUUGUCGGUCGGCGUCAUCCCUUGGCGCCUCUCAUCACGUCACUCCCCCAGUGCUACCUCGCAAAACAAGGCCACUCCAGAAGAGUGGAGAUGACUCCUCUGAAGAGGAAGAAGGGGAAGUAGAUAGUGAAGUUGAAUUUCCACGAAGACAGAGGCCCCAUCGCUGUAUCAGCAGCUGCCAGUCAUAUUCCACCUUCAGCUCUGAGAAUUUCUCUGUGUCUGAUGGCGAGGAAGGAAAUACCAGUGACCACUCAAACAGCCCUGAUGAGUUAGCAGAUAAACUCGAAGAUCGCCUGGCAGAGAAGCUUGAUGACCUGCUGUCCCAGACGCCAGAGAUCCCCAUUGAGAUAUCCUCACAUUCGGAUGGGCUCUCUGACAAGGAGUGUGCUGUGCGCCGCGUGAAAACACAGAUGUCUCUGGGCAAGCUGUGUGCGGAGGAACGUGGCUAUGAGAAUCCUAUGCAGUUUGAAGAAUCGGACUGUGACUCUUCAGAUGGGGAAUGUUCUGAUGCCACAGUCAGGACCAAUAAACACUACAGCUCUGCUACCUGGUAAUGAAAGAACACCCACCCUGAAGAUCUCAUGACUAUACUGGCAUUUCAAAUUCACCCUACCCCCAGACUCUUCCCACUCUCCCCCUGCUUUUUUGUCUGGGAGGAGAGCUGCCCCAUCUUUCUUACCCCUAGAAAUGAGCUGCAAUAACAGGAACAUGAGACUUCACAAAUCUCUGGAGAAAAAUAUCCAAAUGAAAUUAAGUCUCACUGAACAUUUCAAUCAAGAAUGGCAGGGAUCUAUUUUAUUGAAUAUUCUAGCUACUGUAACAUUGAUAUUUAUUUUUGUUUGACAUUUUAACACUUUGUACUGUAAAGAGUGAACUAUAUAUGAUAGAGAAAAAGACAAUAAUUUCUUGCAGAAAAAAAAGAGCAAAAGGAGGAAAGGAAAAAAAGUGAAAUUUAGGAGCAACAUCCUUGGGAGUUUGUGGGACCAAGAGGUAUUAUUGCUACUUGAACAGGGGACCAGUUCUUUUGGCUGUAAGUGACUGAAGAAGAGCCAAAGCAAGACAUACUGAGCAUUUUAGAAAACAAAGAGCAGCAGAAGAAAAGCAAUUCCAGGGAACUUGUAGAAGACCACACUAAAUUCAACCAGCUUGUCCAGAUGGGAGAUGCAAAGACCUAGAAAAGUUUGGUGACCAGCUACUGGUACCCAAGGUCUUUGAGGGCAUGGAUUCAAAACUGUGUAUGUGGAAGCUGAUCUCAUUUUUUAAGUUUAAGCAGCAUUUGGUAGUGAGACUUACAGGUAGUGUCCAACCUUGUCCUUGACAAAUAUUCCACUUUUUACUGCUAUCAGUGUCAUGACCUUGGCAAGUGUGUUACCUUGACCAGUGUGUUGAUUUUUCAGACUUGAGUGCCAUUUUCCUGUAUCCUACUUCCUUCCUACCUGUUGACUAUGUCUUUUAGGGAAGAAAGGGGCAGGGGAGGGAGAGCCUGAGGAAGAGAGAAGGGUAAGACAACAGUGCUGGAAAAGCAAAUGUGCAGUUUGUGAAAGGACAUGCACAGAAUGUCUCAGUUUAACUACGUGGAGAAGAUGGGAAUCACCCCUCCCUGGGACCAGGUUGUUUGUCUUCUAGAGUUUUAUUGACUUAAAUGGAACAGUCCUUGAAGGCAGCUAGGAGGUGUAUGAGUCUGCCCAGUGUCCAGUCCCAGACCAUACCUUAUGUUUGUAUUAACUCAUUCUAACCCCAGAAGCUUUCGUGAGUGGCUGCCACUGUCAGAAAAAAGGCGAAACAGGCAAUUUGCAAAAGGCAGCCCCUUCCCCCACCACAAUAGCUUUUCUGUUAAAUGCUACUUGUAAAGUGUAUUUGGCUCCAUGUAAAUUUGAAUAAUUGGAUUCGGAAAUUCACAGAAAGAACAACUGAUGCUAAGCAGAGAUUGGAAAGAUUUUAUGUUGUCCAAGGCCUGAGGUCCUUUCUGUCUCCAGAAUCAUGGGCUCUGAGAAACAAACCAAGGUAUCUGCUUUAAAGACAUUUUAAUCUAGAAUUUGAUAUAAAAACAGAUGUUGGCCUAGUUUCUGUCUCCAAGAUUAGUCACUGCCAAACACCCUUUCUUGGCUCAAGACCUAGAGAGGAUGGUUUAAACGCUUUGACACUGCAUCAGAUUGGACAUCAGGCAAGACUUAACACACACAGGUAUUAAACCAUUUCCAGUACAGGUAAAAGCAUCGCCCUCCUCCAAGUGACACUGAUUGCAUCAGCCAAAAAGCAAAAGCAGGAGGGAAUUCAGAGCCGUUCCUUUUGCUUGUUUGAUCCCUCCAUUUGUUUACACUUUAUGUUGAGACAUUGAUUUAAAAUUUAGUGUCUAUAAUUUAUAGCUCUUAGGUAGGAUGAAGGAAAAUGUUUAACUUAUACAGAGAGCAGUAUUGUUUCAUUAAAUUAUUCCAUUUUGUAUGAAUUCUGUAGCUGGACUACAUGAAAGAUCUUAAGUUAUGGCAUUAUUAUCAUUGUUACUUUAUUUUAUAAUAAUUAUUAUCCUUCUCAUUUUCUGUCGAUCAGAAGGUGUGGUUUACGGUGUAGCACAGUGAUUGUGUUGAUUGCUAACCAUGAGUUAUUAUGGAUUUUUAUGAAGGAAUGAAAACGGAACUGCCAUGUGGGAGCUCCCUGGUAUUCGUCUUAGCUGUAUUCCCUCAUUUUCUGUGUACAACAACAAUCAUCUGAGGAUGCGGGUACUGCCCUGAGGCCCAGUGGUUAACGCUGUGAUUUUGACUUGAUCACAAAAGCUCCUAGGUGGGCAGAUGACUGAGCGGUGGACAAAGUUCCAAAGCUGUACACUUUCUAAAGUUUCUUAAGAAAUAAAAUCAUGCGAUCCAUUAGAAGCACAAGAGAAUUAUUUAAUGCCCUGAGAGAAACAGGCCUACAGGGAACCUGCCUGGGGCCUGUGGGAUAGUUUCAAGAACUGGCAACAUGGUUUGUAAUCUCCUUCCUGCUAAAUCCCUUAAAACCAACCUUUUUUCCUCCUAGUUAGGAGAAUAAAAAAAGGAAAUAGAUGGCAUGACCCAAAAAAAAAAAAAAAUGCCUAGCUGAGGUGAUGAUUAGAAAAGUUCUAGCCUGAAGCCUAAUCUCUCAGUCACAGAGCUGGAAAAAGCACCGUUUAAAGCCCAUAUGUUUCAUCCUCUGACUUCAGACCACACUGUACUGUGAAUCUCUCUGGCUCAUUACUUCUGAGAACAGAGAGGCUACAACUCUGUGUCCUCUUUCUGUCCAACAUAAAACACUGACCCUUCAGCUUUUCCAGGCCUUGCCCACCUAUAGUGGCCAAAGAGAAACAUGAAGGUCAGUGUGUCUUAUCCCUUUCAGUGAUGAUCUUUCUGGAAAAUCCACUACAAUACCUCAUCAUUUUGAUACCUUUUGAAUUCCCAUCUGGACUGCCUGUCAUGAUAAUGCCAUAUAUCUAACUGGAUUGACUGUUAAGAGCGUGUUAGGGCCGCAGACAGUGUUGAAUCUUCAGGUCAUUCACUAUAUGGUCAAGAGCUGAAUAAAGUUCCACAUUGAACAUUUUACUUAUUUUCUUUAGUAGAAGUGACUAGAGGCUUCAGAGAAGAACAGUGUCUUUAGAGAAAUGCCUUCUCUAUCCCAGGCUACCCUUCAUUGCCUGCUUUGAAGUAACCAGGACAAUUCUGAAUUGGUGUGUGUUUGAGAACAGCCCCACUGUCAUCUGAAGAGUGUGGAAUGAAGAGCUCAGGGAAUUUAAGAGCCAAUUCUUCAGUCUGACAACUGGGCGACAGCGCUUUAAGGAAACUCCCAGGACUAUGAUUUCAAGCUUGGUUGCAGAUCAAAAGUUUAACCCCCCUGGGAUGAAUUCCACAUUCGUUUAGCAUCUGGUUUUGACUGACUGCAAGAUAAUGAGUUUUAAUUUGUGUUGCAGAUGAGCAUUUGAUUCGCAUCUAUUUCUAGAUCCUGUCCUCUGAACAACAAUUCCUCUUAAAAUUGCUUAGCAGAGGGACUGAGAAGCCUGCAUCUCCUUUGAAGUUAAAAUAGACUUUACCACUGCUAAAGUUUAGACCUGUUUGCUAGAUUGUGGGGAGCACCUUCCCAGGGAGGUGAAGAGCUAGCUGUGCUAUAAGAUGUUUUGGUAUGACCUACUUGAAGUUCAGAUAUUUAAAAACUUUGGUAUCAACAAAUCUAUCCUUCUAGAAUUAAAGAUAUUUUUAGUUGUAUUUAAUUAGUACACUGGAGUUCCAUUUCAGGGCCUCAUUGUACUGAAUUUGCCUCUUAUCCAAGUAAUAAUAGACUUGAUGGUUUGGGGUUUUCUUGGUACAACCUAAUUUUAAAUGCCCUCUCCCACUGUGGAGCACUGAUGUUUUUUUCAAUGUGAAUGUAUCCUUACUGACAAAAGAUUUACCUUUUUCUUCCAUGCCCUUAUGUCUCACUCUCUACCCCCUUUUCUUAAAAUGUUUCUACUUGAACUUCUUACCACUGAAUUCUACAAAUUCCAAGGAAUUCCUGCCCUGCUCUGCUCAUAGUAGAGUUUGCUGUAUUGUGAUUCAUUUUUCUACCAAGCCAGAAAUCAGAAUACCACCACAUACCACCCAUCUACUGUCUUCAUGCUCAGUAUCCCAAACUGUGUUGUUAAUCACCAUAUUCUUUCCUGCUGAGCCUGGACACAACCUCCGAACCUCUCACAAUACAGCACUUGGAGCAAUAAUUACCACUUGAUUGGAAUGGUGUGCAAGGGGAGAUCUAUUUGCUGUCCCACCCUUAACCUCACAAUCUCCUAAGGUGGUUUGAGAUCUUGAGUUAGCCCACACGGGAGAAUGAUGGGAUGUACCAGUAUGCUGCUUAUAGGUCCCACCCUGUGGCCAAAGGGCAGCAUGAAAGGCAGGAAAAAGCCUCCUCCAUGCCUCCACCCAUUGCCCCUUUGGUGUAUGUUUGCAAUUGAAUUCCAAAAUGUCUCUUCAUUUACAUCAUUUCAUUGUGUUAAAUGAGCCUGUUCCUUACCACCUUCUAUAAGCAGAGGGUUAAUUAAGAAGUCCUAGUUGCUUGCUUUUUCCUUAGAUUCUGUGAAACUGAGGUACCAAAACGAUGUGGCAUCCUUUUUAAGACUUUCGACUUGUACUGUCAGUAUGAAUUGAGUGCCUGUCUAGGCAGCAAGAAUUUUCUUCAUUGCUGAUUUCAUAGAAAAAACGCCCUAAUAUACUCACACCGCCAGUGUUACCAACAUAUACAGGCUAGCACAGAAGAAAUCACAUUAGUCUGCCUGUUUGCAUGUUACAGCGAAUACUGCAGCACCUGUUCAAAUUGGAACGGACUAGACUGCCAAGUGGAGGACCUUUGUAGAAACUGGAACACUUCUCAGGGACAGGUGGCAGAAGAGGGGAGCUCACUGUUCUGAGAAAUAGGGUUACCCAAAAGGAGUUGGGUGAAGGCUUCCCUGUCACGUGACCAGAGCACACUGGCAGAAUUUCCCACAGAGCCAAGUCCCCUGGCGGGCAGCAAGGCCACUGUAAGGGAAGCGAGUACUAGUCGUCCAGUCGUGUCCGACUUCAUGUGACCUCAUAGACUGUCCGUGAAAUUCUCCAGGCAAGGAUACUGGAGUGGGUUGUCAUUUCCUUCUCCAGGGGAUCUUCCCGACCCAGGGAUUGAACCCAGGUCUCCUCAUUGCAGGCAAAUUCUUUACCAUCUGAGCCAUCAGAACAGGUACUGUGACGAGACUUCCAGCCAAGUCCCAGGCCUGCUCUCCAGAGCCACUUCACAGCACUCAGGGGAAUGCUGGCUCCUGGCCCUAGGCUGUCACCUGGUAACCAGGCAGACGGGGUCCUCCAGGGGUUGCAGGUCAGAGGGAACCCCCACCAAAAGGUGCAGGCUAAUAGGAAGGAGUCCUUUACUGACCGUGUUACUAGGAGCUCGCUCCCUUCGGAGUGCCCACUUCUUAGAUUCUGGAAGUGUGACAACCCACUUUGAUUCUUGAUUGCAAUAAAAUGUGAGUUCAGUUUGAAGCAGAUUAACUUCCUUUUUGGUAGUCAAGUCUCAAAAUGAACCCCCUCAUCUGCGACCUCUGUGGCCUCUCAGUUCUCCUGCUCCUUGUGCAGGUUCUGAUGCCGGCUCUCCCUCUUUGUAUCGACCAACUGUACAGUGAUGGGAACAUGAGCGACUAUCAGAGCAAACAAAUGCAUGGAAUUAAACAAAACGCGGACGUCA